GUGUAGAGAGGUGGAGGGCGGAGGGAAACCGGCCAAACGACUUUGUCCAACGGUCGCGCCUCGCUCGCGUGUAGCGCGCGUUUUCGCAUCGCACGACAUCGAACCUUUGUUUCGAUUAUUUAUUUUUCAUAGAACUUUUUAUAGUAUACAAAGUUUUUAAAAUAUUUUAAAAUAAUCAGUGCCUUUGAUCGUGUGAUAAAUAAGUGAUAGAUCAACUCUACAAGUAUGUUACUUAUCUGUUUGAUAUUUAUGUAGAGUUGGAAGUAGGUUGCAGGUGAGACGAGGAACGCAGUAAAAGUGAAAUGAUUAUUGAUAUAAAUAGCUAGUGAAUAUGGAGUCCUGCAAAGAUAUGGGCGUUCAAAAGAAGCACAGUCAGUUCAGUGACACAAAGUACAAGUGGAGGACAGUGUUAGUGUUGGUGGUGUGGAUAAGUGGGUGUGGUGGGCAGGGGUUGAUGGGGUCAGCGGAGUCGGAUCCGUAUUUGGUGAACAAGUCGUCUGGUCUGACGGAGUUGCCCGGCGGAGUGCUUGCGGGGGGACAGUCGGUGUGGCGCGAGGGGGGAUCUCCGUACCUCCUGAGGGAUGACCUGGUGGUGGAGCGCAGCGCCGAGCUGGUCAUCGAGCCCGGCGUCGAGGUGCGGUUCGCGCCGAUGGUCGGCAUCACCGUGCGUGGGAAACUCGUUGCCGUUGGGGAUCGACAAAGAGAAAUCACUUUCACGAGCACAGAAGAGCCUAUAAAAUCCGUGAAGCCUAUUCCGGAUAUCAGGCUGGUGGAUGGUCCAUCCAUUUUGGCGGGCCGAGUGCAAUUGCUUCACAGAGGACAAUGGCGCUCAGUGUGUACCAAUUCGAGGAACUGGACUCUUCACGACAUGGAGACGGCUUGCAGACAGUUAGGUUUUAUGGGCGGGUCUUUCUACAACUGGAUUGAUCGUCAACCCGGAAGACACGCGCGUCUUUUAUACGAGGAACCCAAGUGUAAAGGAACCGAGUACGAUUUAUUUCAAUGCGACUGGAACUCAAGACAGCUGGGCUCAGGCGUUUGUGAUUACCAUCCCGAUCUAGCAAUACAAUGUCUUCCGCAUCACGAUAAUAAUGAGUUAACAAACUCAGGUCGCCACUGGAGAGGGCUCCGAUUUGAAAAUGCCGUUUUUGAACGCAUUCUCACUGCCGUCAACACGCUUUAUGUACCUACAUCUACCUCCAAAUUAAUGCACGUGAAGAUAAAGAACGCGGGGUUAGGAAGGGACAAUAACGCGACGAGUGCGCUAGAUGUUAUCGGCGUACCGCCUAUCAUGGAGGACUUAGAGAUAACCAACUCGGCGUUCAAUGCCAUAAACGUAACACUGCCUAAUGCGCCCAUGAUCAUUAAUAACUGUACCAUCCAAAACAAUAGAGGUUACGGAAUUUAUGUGAAUUCUUCCUACGGUAUGACGAAAAUAGAAAACUGUUUGAUCCAUGAUAAUGGCGGUGAUGGAGUAAAAUAUGUUGUUCAUGAGUUAAACAUUGAUGAGAGAUUUGACCGCAGUGAGGUCUUUGACUUGUGCACAUUAGCCUCAACUCCGAGCCAAACGUUUCCGAUACAAAUGUCUAUUGAGCAGUCAAGAUACUCUAAUAUGGAGAGAGAUUGUAACCAAAAGUUUUACACAAGGCAAGACCAUGUUUUAACACUCAGUUUCAUGAAAAUAUUGACAAAUCGAAACGAUUCAGCAGAAAUCUUUAUCUACGAUGGACUCACCACAAAUGAUAAACUAUUGAUGUCAUUCAGCAUAAGAAAUCACACUCGUCCCCAAAGUGUAACUUCAUCUAGAAAUAGAAUGUAUGUUCGGUUCCAUGCAAAUACGCGCGCCGAUAUAACAGGGUUCUUGCGAUUAACAUCAGGUGUUAGCAAGACCUAUGACUUGAAUAUAACAGACACAAUUAUAUCCGAUAACAAUGGCAGAGGUGUUGUCAUAGAGAAUUUACGGUCGCAAAUUCACGUUCAUCGCACUUCAAUAUCGAAUAACAACCACGUUGCGGGAUUGCAAGUACUUAAUGGUGCAGGAGAUGUAAAUGUGACUGAAAGUAGAAUAUCAUUCAAUCAAGGCGAUGGAAUCAACAUUACCGUAACAGGAGGUAGCCGAAAUAUAUCAAGAAGUAUAAUUAGCUCAAACCAAGGUUAUGGUAUAGCAGUUUGGAUUAACAAUACAAAAGAGACUGAAUACAUUUUAAUCAAUCAAACUACAGCCGUGGAGUAUUCAGAAAUAUUCAAGAAUUUAGAAGUCGGAAUCCUACAUGGAAAUUACUGUGGUGACAGUUGGGUGAACAUAACGGGCAAUUGGUUCAACACCAGUUAUGAUAGCACUAUUGACAUUGGAACAUGUUGGAAUUUUAAUGCACCUUCAAAAAUACUUAAUUUACAAAUUGGACACAAUAGGUUUUAUCAAAAUAUAAAAGUGCCAAUAAAAAUACAGCCAGCUCUAAACGUUCUGGGUAAAAUUGAAUACAAUUACUUCGAGCAAGGAGAAUAUGGAGCAAUGUUGAUAACAAAUAGAAUAAAAGAAAAAUAUUGGGAAGAAUUUGAAAUUUUACCCGCCAAGUUUAACAUUCAACAUAACCAUUUCUACGGAAACAAGGGGCCAUUUGUUGUGAAUUUGGGUUUAUCACCAUACAGUGAUCUACAGUAUAUACUGUUUUCGAGAAAUUUCCUGCGAGACAAUAAAAUUCGAGAACCAUUUGAGCCACUAGAAGGUGUAUCGUCUCGACUGACGCCAAGAAGCAGAGUUGCAGCAACAGUUGUCCUAUCAUCCAGCAACGUAGAUGUCUUCCGAAAUAUUAUAAACAAUCCCGAUGCUCAGUAUGAAAUAGGAUCGCACGUGGAAGAUCAAAGUAAAAUACUUAAUUGCACUUUCAAUUGGUUGGGAUUCGGCGAUGAAGAAAAAGUGUAUAAAAGGCUUUUCCACAGAAAAGACAGAUAUAACUUAGCUAAAAUAAUUUAUAUGCCUUAUUUAUUACAUAGUAGCAAUCCGGGUGCUACACAGAUUAAUUAUAAUUCAUUAUACGUACCUCAAUUUAAUGUACCUGGAACAUUUGUAGUGGGUGGUGAAGUAGAUGGCACAGAAAUAUUACGACAAGGAGAAUAUGACGUAGAUAAGGAUAUAAAUAUACGUCCUGGAGGAAAACUUGUUUUACAGUCUGGUGUUACAUUAAAGUUUCCUCCUGCUAUCGGCAUAAUGGUAGCAGGAAAACUAGAUGCAAGAGGUAAACGACCUAACGACAUCACAUUCACACUAAAAGAAGAGGUAGUCAUGGCCAAUGAGAGCAUUUACGAAACUGAUACAGAAAAUUAUGAACCUACUACACCUGGAUACAUAGAGCCUAUUGUUCCGAUAAGACUGCUGGGUGGCAGAACUCCACAUGAAGGAAGAUUACAAGUAAGGGUUAAUGAGAAAUGGGGAACAGUAUGUAAUUACCGAUGGAGUAUAACUAAUGCUGCGUUAGUUUGCAAUCAAUUGGGACUCGCAUUGAAUCCUAACGACUGGUUUUUAGAACCCAAUGAAAUUCCAUACGCAGGUAUGACUGAAGAUAUUAUUCUAUCGAAUGUAGAAUGCACUGAGUUUGACAAUGAUAUAACAAAAUGUAAGGCUGAGACAAUGGAGAACUUUGAGAAUUCCUGUACUCAUGAGAAUGAUGUUGGUAUACGGUGCUACGAAACUAGUUGGGCUGGAAUGCGAUUUAGUGCAAUCGCCGAAAGAGCUGAUUUACAAUAUGUGAACAUAGAAAAAGCUGGACUUCUAGAUUAUUCAUCAAAUUUGUUUAAGCCCGCCCUUCAAAUUGACUUUGCGCGACACAGUUUAGAAAGCGUUAAAAUAGCCAAUAAUUACCAUGAUGGUUUAGGUAUCAUAUAUUCAGAUUUGUAUGGCUCGGAUGCAGUCAACACUGUAAGGAAUUCUGAAUUCAGUAAUAACAAAGGAAGUGGAAUAAGUUUUAAACAACUAGGACUAAAAGUAUAUGGAUCUGUGAUAGAAAAUAAUAACAUAGCAGGUAUAUCGCAUAACCCUCACAUUACGGGUCAGCAACAAAGAGAAAUAGCUGGCUGGUUCAAUCUAGAAUCUGGACUGAAUAUGGAUGAGUCUAAUUACCAUCCCAUUAUGCUGCCAGAGUAUGAGACUGAUAUCAGCUUAGUAAAUGGAGAAACAAGGCAUAUAAUAUUUACAAAGCAUUACGGAGCAAAGUUACAGAAAACCUACAAUAUAAAGUGUAAUCCUGGUUACGUACUCGGUCUACAGCUACUUAAUCCUAUUCACAACUUUUCAACUGAAAGUAUUUGCAUUUACGAUUCACAAAAUAUCAAUGAAGCUAGUACUAAAUGGUGCCUAGAUCGUGAUUUAUCAACGUUCCCAACUACAAGUAACAGUUUUGGAGUAGUUUUGACAUACGAGAGCGGGAAUGUAGCGCUGGGAGGCGUAGUAUUAGUAGUCAGCUCCAUUGUAGCACCAGUACAAAACUUACGAAACAGAAUCGUGAAAGGUCCAGUUCCCACUUUACAAAUUGUGAAUUCUAAGAUAAAAGGAAACACUAAAGGUAUCAAAGCUUUAUACUACAAUAGAUAUCUUAAUGAAAUUGGUGACCACUUUUUAAGGAAAGCAAACGAAAGUAUUAAAAUAUUUAAUUGCGAGAUAGCUCAUAAUUUGGAAGAAGCAGUGUACGUCAAUACACCAUUCUGGGACAUACAUGAUAGCAACAUAACUGAAAUAACAAUAAUGAUAAAUAACACACUGAUAACGGAUAAUGGAAGGGGAGUGUACCAUUUUGCAAGAGAUUUAAGGAGUUCUAAUAACUUGUACCAUUAUAUUCUGCAAGAUAACACAAUUGAAAGAAAUAGAAACGGUGGCUUCGACAUAAGUCUUCCAUAUGUCUGGCAAUACAAUGAAAACUUUACUCAUUCAGUUUUUAUGCACAAUAACACUUGGCGCAGUAACCAAAAUUUUGCAUUCAUCAUUGAUGGUCACUUUGCCGAAGUAAACAUCACAAAGAAUAUUUUUACGGAUAACUUGUGUAAAACUGGAUUAAUUUCCAUUCGUGGUAUGGAAAAGAAGAUUAAGGUGGAUGCUAAUUUAAUUGAAAGAAAUAAUGGACAAUACAUGGUUCAAUUUCACAUGGACAGUCAAAGCGAAAUAAUGGGCCUUGUUUAUGCGGUAUUUAUCUACAACCAAGUGAAGCAGAAUAAAUUUAUGACCAUUGCUAUGCGUGGAGCUUUGAUCAAAACAUCGGAUCCAACAUACGUAAUAGGCUUCAAAGGAAUACAAAAAGUCAAAGUUAGUAGAAAUUUAUUUGGAAAUAAUGCUCUACAAUAUACACUUCUUGCUGGCAUUAAAACAGCGAAGAUUAAUAAUCUACUCGACGUCACUGAGAACUGGUGGGGAAGUGCACAAGAACGUGAUAUUAAGAACCAAAUAUUUGAUUUUGAUGAUUGGAACAACCACGCCGUCGCUACAUAUCUGCCGUAUUUACUUGAAGACUCUUUUGAUUCUAGUCUUUCAGUAACGUUUAGCCAAGCCACAGUAAUGGAUGUGAAUGAAUUAGGUGGUCGUCUAACACAAGAUUUCAUUUUGGAAGGCCGGCUGGCCCCGUACAUAGUAAAAGCUGAUAUAACCGUGAUGCCGGAUGUAACUUUGACAAUACACCCAGGAGUCAUACUAGAAUUUGCACCGAAUGUCGGCAUACUUGUCAUGGGUACAAUGAAUGCGAUUGGGCAUAGUUCACUACCGAUAGUAAUGAGACCAAUCGGUACAACAAAUAUUGAAGAUAAUCGAUUAGAGAAAAGAGAAGUUGGUCAAUACUCUUCAAGUCAUCACAAACAUCGAAGGCAAUUAGAAUCAUUACAAGUACAAGAAUCUAUAAGGCUGUGUACUGGAAGAAACUGUUCUGUCAAUGACAAUGUGAUUGACCGGAAGAAUGAAGGAUUUUUAGAGUAUUACAAUAAAACAACUCUUCAAUGGGUACCUAUGUGUGACAGUAGAUUUACCGAAAGAAACGCUCAAGUCGUAUGUCGCGAAUUAGGUUUUGAUCCGAUAAAUGCCUUCUUUGCCCAUGAUCGACGUGUAGAAUAUCAUAGUAAUUCACUGUCACGAAUAUGGUCUUGGCCUGAACAAUUACAAUGUGUGGGAACUGAAGAGCGGUAUGAAGACUGCCCUAUCAGACUAAAUGGACAGCUAUAUGGUCACAGACAUGAAUGUAAGUGGGAUUCCGAAUACGUGUUUAUUCAUUGCGGUAUGAGAAAUCUUGAAGAGCCUUUGCAAUACUGGGGAGGCAUCAGAUUUGCUAACCCAGAGUUUGAGUACUCAUUAUACGAGCAUCGAAUACAUGAUCACCACACACACGACACAAUGAAAAAAGUUGAAAGUGCUUUAGAACAUGUGCAUAUAAUGGGCGCUGGAAUAUUGCACAACGAGAAAUCACCAGCUGUUCAAAGUAUUGUUAAGAACCCUAGGAUACAGAAUGUCAACAUCUCAAACUGUGCAUACCAUGGGAUCAAUAUGGUUUCUCCAACGGAUACAAUGAAUGUUAUGUUCAAUACAGUGAAUGAUGUGCUAGGAGAAGGUAUUAAUGCUAUAUCGCUAACUGGAGAAGGUAGAGAAUCAGAAGAGUCCAGUUUUACACCAUUAAAAGAUCUGAACCUUCCGUAUCACUUGUUUUCACUAAUUGAUAUAUGUGAUAGUAGCAAAGUAAUUACCAUCGAAGAAAGAGUCCUACUUUACUAUAAAUACGAUAAUAACCCAGUGAAUUGUGUGAAAAUAUUUAAGAGUAUGUACAGAGUAAAGCCUUUUGGAUUUAGACUGUUGCAAUUCAACUUAUUCAAUCACACUGUCAACUACGGAAAACGCGACUCUCUAACUUUAUACGAUGGUGAUAUUUAUAAUAUAACAGCACCACAGAUUGGUUACAUAGAAAACGGAUCUCCUGAUGAGAAAAGGCUUUUUAAAACUGAAGGAUCAAGUUUAAGUGUAAAGUUAUUUGCUAAUGGUGCCUCAUCUGUACAUGGGUUCAUUGCAGAAAUUGUGACCCUUCCUAUAUCAGCAAUAGCAUUUAAUCGAGAUGUUCAACAUAAUAUUACAAACAGUGUAUUCACAAAGAACCGGGAUGGAGCCAUCUCAUACAGUUCUGUUGGCGAAGUCAACCCACUGGUCUCAAUAGCUAGAAAUGAGUUUAUUGAUAACUGUCUUAAACUUUAUGGCAACUUUACAUCUUGCCAAUCAGCUGUGAAAAUUGAUGUACAAAAUACUCAAACUUUAGUUUUUCGGAACAACUUGGUGCGAAACAACGUUGGUGGCCUCGCAGUAAGAGCAGACUCUCGUGGAUCGGCUACCUCACUUCGAGGAUGGAUUCACAAUAAUCUGUUUUACGAAAAUCAUGAUUUGCCGUGUUUAAAAGUAGAAGGACGUCAAUCAUCGCCUUAUCAAGAAGUAACAAUUUACAGGAACUAUUUCACAAGGAACAAAGUUAUGUUCAAAGACGUAAUUGUUUUAAGACAAGUUGUGUCUAAUUUUACUUAUAACUACGUCCACGAUAACACCGGUAUGAGAAUUUUGGAAGUAUCUGGAUUCCAUAAAGUGCGCCUGCCGAUUUAUCAGACUACUUCGCACAAUGGAUUUUACAGAAACCACGCUCUUGAUAGAGAAGGCCGAGCAACAAUAGUCGCCGGCACUGCCGGGCAACACUACGUGGAUAAUAUAUUCUUCAACCCUGAUAAUGAUUACGAGAUGAUCACUGUCAACCGUUCCAUCUUUGUUGACUAUAAUCCCAAUAUAGUGAGCUCAUUGGACCUAUGGCGUACACGGAUCGAUGCCAAACACAACUUCUGGAGUUACAACGAAAGCUUGGCCGUGGCCGGUCGCAUACGAGACCAGUCUGAUAACCCCAUGUUGUUAGAAGUGGACCACCGCCCGUAUUACAUGAACAAUCACACGGUGCUAGGAGGUGGGAAGUGCCCUCCUGGAUGGGACUCUGUGUCGGGAACUUGCUAUAUGUAUAUCGGAGCGCCUAUGACGUACGAUGAAGCUAGACAAUUUUGUUUGUCGGAUAACGCAUCAAUGCCAUACGUGAGUGGAAACUACGCGGCUCUCUACGACUUCAUACAGAAGCAAAACCAGUGGUUCCAAAACGGCGACCGUGUGUGGGUCAACCAUAUUGAUUACGUCACGCAGUGCACGUCAUUUGCUUUCAGCAAUAUAGAGAUCACUGAUUGUAAUGAAAAGAACGCAUUCAUUUGUGAAAUUGACCCAAUAAUAACGAUCGAUCCUUUAUCGUGGAGUGGAGACAUGCUAGCCGUCGGGUUCAUCGGAUUAUUGGCAGCGACUGUGGUAUUGGUUGGUGCUGCAGUCAUUUGCUGGUAUUCAAAGUCAAAGCAUAGACAUCUCCAAAGAUUGGAAAGAAGAAAUUCAAUACGACAGUCGCUCCAUUCGGUCCGGUCUAUAGGAAGCAUCAACGGCGGUUUCCCAGACACAGCUUACAGACGCAAGUUAGCACAAAUGAGUACCAGAUCCACGGAAACCCUAACCAAAGGCUCCGACUACAAGAAGAUGCUGGCAUCCACCACCUCCAUGGAGUCGAUGGAGAAAAGCCAAUUCAACUCCUCACUCGAGGACACGCAAAGCUUCGACAUCUACGAGGCUCAUAACCCGAAUGCUAACGUGAUGCAGCUCAAACACAGCACUUUCAGCAAGAAGCCGCCACCACCAGAAUACUCCGUCCCUCAGAACAAUAACAGGCCGUUUAAUUUAGCCUACAGAAACGAGGGUUACAAAGAUAACUCAGAGCAAGUGAGUGGAGCUCAAUCGAUGAACACCGUGAUGGCAGAAGAGAUCCCAAUAAUUCACCACCCGGGUGGCCUGCAGUCCCCGCGCGAUGACGAUACACUGUCACCUUCCAGUGACCAAUACUUCACAUCAGACACGUUACCGCUUAGAGAUUUCAAUAAAUCGGACGACACGUUAGCUUUAAAACAGGAGUUAGAGAGGGAAGGAAAGAUAUACGGUCCAUACGGAGCCCCGAAUCAUGGUGGGCAGCCAAAACUGUCGUUCCUGAUGGAACUGCGGUCCAAGAUACCUGAGCCUCUGCCGGCUGGGUCUACCCCACAAACCACUUUCGGCCAACGAAGGAAUAUUGUUGAUCAACAACAGUACUACGAAGACAACCUGCCCAGUCCACCGCACCCGCCGAUCUAUUCGAACACCUAUGAUUCGUCCCCGGAACCUAUCCCCAGUUACGACUCGAGUCCACACAACCUCUCCAGAGAAUUCGACGACUCGUCCCCUAUCCCGGGAAUGUCCAAGAGCAAAUCCAAGUCGGAAAACUUGCUCGAAACUAAUUUCGAUUUUGACGACACCGAAUCCGAAUCAUUACCGAUAACCGAAGCGAGUAGGUCUUACAGUCAACCGUUAGAGACUGCGAUGUGAUGUAACUAGCGAAAAAUACUUAUGAAAUUAAUGCGAAAGAUAGUUAAGCUGAAUGAUUAUGAUUGUGAAGUAACAUAUCAAAAGACUGAAAUAAAUUGCGCGGGAAUGUGUAGUAGGUUUAAAGAUCAUAGAGCAUUUUUAUAUGUUAGUGUGCAUACUAUGCGAAGAACUGUAUUGAAUUAAUUCAAUGGUAUUAAUAUUAAAUAAUUAGCCUUAAUGAUUACCAGAAAAUGCACGAUCUCAGUUUUAGAGUUGCAACCUUUUAUCUAUGUAUAACAAAUUAGAAUAGAACUUAAAUUUUCUCUGAAAGCCACUGUUACUUAAAUCCAUCUAGUAAGUAAAACCAUGGUAUCUUCCAUAUUUCUGUAUAAUUAAGCAUAAAGAGUUGUCAGUUUAAGUUGUUUAACGAAAAUGGAAACUAAAGUAAGUGCCUAUAAUAUUAGUGUGCCUUUAGCAAAUAAAUCCUAUGGAUUUGACAUUGAAAGUGUUUCUUAAAUGUAUUAAUAAUUACUGCCAACAAUAAAGUAUUUUAACUUUCACAUUCCACAAUCUUUGUACCCAUUGGGUAGUAAGAAUUAUUUACAUGUUUAUUCUUUUUACCAUGUUUUUUUUAAACCGAAAUUAAAUAUACUUACUUUUAUUAGAACUAUACACAUAGUAUCCGUCCAUAUUUGAAUACAAUGUAAGAGUUGGUCAUAUUUUUUUUUACUUUUACAUACUCAUAAAUAGUUUAAAAUAAAGUUAUUAUCACAGUUUAUUUACUUACAUCACUUUACUGUUUAAGAUAUCAUUUAUUUAGAUUUUAAUUGUAAUAAAAUUAAUUUAAAUAACGAUGUAGGUAUCAGUAGAUUAAGAUUAACGCUUUAAAAUAAAAAAUUGUACAAAAUGAUAAGAGUUUAUGAAGAGUUGAGAUACUAGUACUAGUUUAUGAAGAAAAUAUACUUACCCUAUUUUGGUACCUA